AUGAAGUCGAUGAAGGGCCUCAGCAUGAACAAGAUGCUCGGUAGCAUCAAGAGAAAGAGCUCUAUGCCGGCGCCCACCGCCACAAUGGCCUCUGCCGUGCCGCAAGAAGGCGAAGCUCCCGAAAAGACGGCUCACAACAGCGUCAAAGCCUUUUGCGAGUCCGGCUAUAAUGUCCAGGGCGACGAGGUCCUUUUCCUCCCACCCAUCGUCGACGCCGCCGAGUCCUCCCCCGCCGCCGCGACCGAGUGCGCCCGCCUCAUCCGCAAGUUCUUGUCCAAGGAGUACUUCUCCCGCGCCGCCUGGCAGUACAACGCCAUCAUGCUCCUUCGCAUCCUCACCGAGAACCCUGGUUCCUCGUUCACCCGCAAUAUUGACGGCAAGUUUGCCGACACUUGCAAGGCUCUGCUGCGCGGCACCAAGGACCUGAACGUGCGCCAGAUGCUCAUCGAGACCCUCGACGACUUUCAGCAGACCAAGUCCUAUGACGAGAACCUCUCCAUCCUUCUGCAGAUGUGGUCCAAAGAACGCACCAAGAUACAGGCCGUCUAUGGGAACACCCCGAGACUGGCGCAACGUCCCUUCCUCUCCAACUCGCCGCAGCAACAGUCGCCAAACAACAAUCCCAAUCACCAAAACUACUUUUCCCGCCACCACACCAACAACAAGCUGCCUAGCGCCGUCGAGCUUGCCAGCCGUCUAGAAGAGGCGCGGACCUCGGCCAAGCUCCUUGAGCAGGUUGUCAUGAACACGCCCCCCGCCGAGACGCUCAACAAUGACCUGAUAAAGGAGUUUGCCGAUCGCUGCUUGAGCGCGUCAAGAAGCAUUCAAGGAUACAUGGUCGCCAGCAAUCCAGGCCCCGACAAUGAGACCAUGGAGAGCCUCAUCGACACAAACGAGCAACUGCAGACGGCCCUCAGCCACCACCAGCGCUCAGUCCUGAGUGCCCGCAAACAACUCGGCCUCAACGUACGCUCCGAAGAGACGACACCGGCCGCCGGCACCCCCGUUGGCGAGCCAGUCUCGCCUCUGCUCGACUCCCCGGCGCUGCCCGUCCGGAACGGUAAAGGAAAGGAGACGGGACUGUACCUGGCAGAGCCGCAAGGCUCCGGCCCCGCCUUGGGCUUGGCAUCGGGCUCCGGCUCCGGCUCAACCUCCAGCAAGGGCAAGCAGGCACAAGGGAAUGGUUCUCGCGACGAUGAAGACCCCUUCGCCGAUCCCUUUGUCGACCCGCAACACCAUGAUGAUGCCCUCAACGGCGGCUCCCGCUCAAGGACACCCGCCACUCAUGACGACCUACCCCAUGAGCCGUUCCAUCCCGGUUUUACCCCCGCUUCGGUCGCGCCUACGGGUCAACACACCUUCCGGGACGGCGGUGCCACGGCGGGCUCAGCAGCGGCCAAGAACGCGUCAAUUGACGACCUGUACGAGGCCGCCGCCACCACCACCACUACCGGCAAGGGCAAAUACACAGUCUAG